ACCAGUAUCUCUCUUAAGAAGCACAAGAUCUUCAGACAAGAGAAGCUUUCUUCCAUGACUACCACUAAGGCAAAAGAUUUUGAUCCAAGACCUCCUGCUUUGAGAGGAAAAGGAGAGAUCAUGAUGAAAUGUUUUGCUUCUGACCUUAUCAACAGUUACAAAAGUGACAACAUGCCAUUGCUUGUCAGUGUCUUUAUUCCCCCACCUCCCCCACCUCCUCCUCUUCCUGUGGCAAGAUCUGAGAACUUCCAAAUGUUUUUGUCAGAUGAUGAACUUUUACUGGCAACAACAACAGACAUUGCUGAUCCUGUUGAAGACAUGGGUCAUACUGACCUGAAUGAACUGAGUGAUAUGUGUGCUGACCUGGAUGAACUGAGUGGUAUGUGUACUGCUUUUAAGGCAUCUUUGCAAGUGUCUGAUGCGCAGCAGAGUGCUAUUGAAUUUACAACAAGAGGCCAGGUAUUAAACCCAAAAUGGUUUGAAGCGAGAAAGAACAGACUAACUGCCUCCAUAUUUGCAGAUGUUGUGAAGAGAAAGGCAAUGACAUUGCCAGAUCCUCUGGUAAAGAGAAUUUUAGGUUAUACAAAAAUACCAACAUGGCUGCCUGCAAUAAGGUGGGGCCAAGAUAAUGAGGUAGUUGCUCGCUUAUUUUACCUUGAAAUGCAGCGUCGAAGAGGUCAUGCAGGAAUACAGGUAUCGGAAUGUGGACUUUUUGUUGAUACAGAGCAUGGAUGGUUGGGAGCAUCACCAGAUGGUUUAAUCUAUGAUCCAAGUAACGUUGAUGACACAGAUGGUGUGCUUGAAAUCAAGUGUCCAUAUUCAAUGCGAACAAAAACGAUCUCUGAAGCUGCACAGAUGCCUGGCUUCUACUGUCAAUGGAAGGAUGGCCAGUUGCACUUGAAUAGAAGACACAAGUAUUUCUACCAGGUGCAAGGUCAGAUGGCCAUAGCAGGAAGGAACUGGUGUGACUUCGUUGUAUGGACACAAUAUGACAUAUUUAUAGACCGAAUUAAGUAUAAACAUAAAUUUUGGUUACAGGAAUGCUUGCCUAAAUUAGAAAAUUUUUAUGACAAGUGUGUAUUAGCAGAAAUAGUUUCAGCAAGGUUUCCACUUGGCUUGCCCAUGUUGGACCUUAGGUAGCAAGUAGAUAGAGUUCUGUUUGUACUAUUAAUGUUGUAAUGAUUGAAAAUGAAAUUGAACAGCAAGUGGUAGUGUGAUGUAUUCUGGAACAUGUGACACACAAGAGUACAGAAUUAUAACAAAAGCCAAUAUAUUUACUUUUCCAAACAAAACUUAAUAUCAUGACACUAAUUAAUAUUAAUCUACCCUACAAAAUUAAAUCUACCGUACAAGAGGUGGAUGCAAAUUCGUUAGAUACGAACAUACAGUAAAUACCUUAUCUAAAAGAUCCAUACUUGAACUAAGUGUUAUGCCUUGUAAAAUUCUAUAGUUCUUUAUCCGUCUGAUCACCCUUUCUACAUCGAUUCUAAGAGACGCCACUUGCCGGCAUUUAAUGACUUGCUCCUCGGCAAACUGACCUCCUCCUUUUAGAAAAGGAGGUAGCACAAGAGAUGCCCCAACGUCCAUGAGAAUGUCGGCAGUAAUAAAUCCUUUGUCUGCCAUGACUUGGUCUCCAGGCACCAAUUUAUUAAGAAAACCAGACUGCUUGGUAAGUUCCCUGUCUGAUAUAGCACCAGUAAAUAGUCGUGACACAAACAUGACAUGACCACAUGGCGAUAUUGCAACCAAUGCUUUCACAGUGUGGUGGUGUUUGUAACUGGAGAAGAAAGCUGAUUGCAAACCCCUAUCUGAAGGACGUUCUGUAAAAAGCUCUGUUGCAUCAAUGAUGCAGGUGGUUUUUGGAAAAGCCUCUCUAAAUGACUGUGGUAAACUUCGACGUAGAGUGUCCC